UCGCCCCCAUGGCCGGCUCGCAUCCCCCCCUGCCCGGCCGGGGCCGCCCGCGGCUCCCCCGGGGCUCGGCUCUGGCUUUUCGCUUUCCCUCUGAAGUCUGGAAAACUUCUUUUUCGCACGGCAGCGAGAAAAUUCUGCGUGUUCAGCACCUCGGUGGUGAGGGCUGCCUCGGGUUACAGCGUCCCCAGACUCCCCGGGAAGGGAAAGGAAAGGAGCGGAUGCCUUUGGUUUGCUGUCAUCAGCACGGAGCCACCCCGGCAGAGGGGCUGCUUGCCCGUGCAGGGAUUAUUUGCCGCCGGAGCCCGCGGGCGUACGGGCAGCGCGGGGCGAAGAAAGGGGAUAAGGCAGCGCAGGGGAUGUGCCCGGCGUGGGCAUCAUCGGGCACCUCCGUGGGAGAUGCCAGUUGCGCCUGGAUGCGGCAUCGUCCAGACCCGCCGCCGGCUUUGCUAUGAGCUCAGCCGGGCCCUGCCCCCGCCGGGACCAGCAUGGGCAGCGUGAGCAGCCUCAUCUCCGGGCACAGCCUGCACAGCAAGCACUGCCGCGCCUCCCACUACCGCCUCCGCAAGCCCUCCCACCUCAAGAAGCUCAACCGCUACUCGGACGGGCUGCUCCGCUUCGGCUUCUCCCAGGACUCCGGGCACAAGUCCGGCUCCAAAAGCAGCAAGAAUGAGGACUUCUUCUACAUCAAGGUCAGCCAGAAGUCCCACGGCUCCCACCGGGACUACACCUCCCUGGCCGGAGGGGAGCUGGGCCAGGCGGGCGGCAGCAGCAUCGACUUCGGGACGCCCACGCCGCAGAAGAUGCUGCCCUUCCCCAGCCAGCUGGAAGUGGGUGUGGACAAGCCUCCUGCCCGUCCCACCGCCUUCAAGCCGGUGCUGCCGCGCUCGGGGGCCAUCCUGCACUCCUCCUCCCCCCCCGAGAGCGGGGGGCACCUCCCCCCGCCCCUGCACCCCCCGGAGAAAGCCAAGGAGCAGGAGCUGAAGCCCGUGCUGUGCUCGGGGGGUCUGUCUGACUCGGGCAGGAACUCCAUGUCCAGCCUCCCCACUCACAGCACCAGCAGCAGUUACCAGCUCGACCCCCUCGUCACCCCCAUGGGCCCCAUCAGCCGCUUCGGGGGCUCUGCCCACAACAUCCUGCAGUGUGCCAUCAUCCAGGACAGCAACAUGAUGAGCCUCAAGGCCAUGUCCUUCUCCGACGGGGGCAACAAGAUCCUGAACCCCGGCAAAGCCCCUCACCACCACCACGGAGCCGCGGAGAAAACCGCCUGCGUCCGCUCGCCCAUCUCCACCGACGAGUCCACCAUCCAGGAGCUGGAGCAGAAGCUGCUGGAGAGGGAGGGGGAGCUGCAGGAGCUUCAGUCGAGCUUCGAGGAGAAGGAAAUCAGCUCCUGCCAGGCCUACGAGGAGAAGCAGCGGCGCUGCAAGGAGGAGCUGGAGGGCCUCAAGCAGAAGUGCAACAGCAAACUCAAGCAGACCUCGCAGAAAACGCAGCGCACGCAGCAGGUCCUUCACCUCCAGGUCUUCCAGCUGCAGCAGGAGAAGCAGCAGCUCCGGGAGGAGCUGGAGAAACUCAUGAAGGAGCAGAACCUGCUGGAGACCAAGCUGAGGUCCUACGAGAAGGAGAAGACCAGCUUCGCCCCGGCGCUGGAGGAGACGCAGUGGGAGGUGUGCCAGAAAUCCGGCGAGAUCUCCCUGCUGAAGCAGCAGCUGAAGGAGUCCCAGACGGAGCUCAACACCAAGACCACCGAGAUCCUCGGCCUGAAGGCGCAGCUGAAGGAGGUGAGGGCGAAGAUGGAAGGGCUGGAGAUGAAGACCCAGGAGCUGGAGGUGUCCCUGCGCACCAAGGCCAUGGAGCUGGAGGUGUGCGAGAACGAGCUGCAGCGCAAGAAGAACGAGUCGGAGCUGCUGCGGGAGAAGGUGAACCUGCUGGAGCAGGAGAUCGUGGACCUGCGCACGGAGCUCGCCGUCCUCAGGGAGCAGCUGAGCGAGGCCCGGGAGGGGCCCGGGCCCCGUGUGGGGCUGGAGGAGGCCCAAGCCCUGCAGGGCGAGGUGGAGAGGCUGCGGGCAGAGCUGGAGGCCGAGCGGGACAACAACGAGCAGAUGACCUCCGGCUUCCAGCACGAGCGGCAGACGUGGAAGGAGGAGAAGGAGAAGGUGAUCCACUACCAGAAGCAGCUGCAGCAGAGCUACCUGCACAUGUACAAGAGGAACCAGAACCUGGAGAAGAUGCUGCAGCAGCUGGCCGCGGGGGAGGACGGCAAGGAGCCCAUCGAGCUGGAGAUCCCCGGCGCCGACGUGCCCUACGAGGACAUCAUCGCCACCGAGAUCUGAGCCGGCCCUGCCCUGCCCUGCCCUGCCCUGCCCUGCCUGCAGCUCGGGGCAGGUGUCCCUCCCGGGGGGGACACGCUGCCCGUGCCUUGUACAGUCCAGCUGAGCCAUGUAAUUACCCGGGGGGCUCCCGGCCCCGCUCCCUGCCCGUCCCGGUGCUCCCCGUCGCCUGUCGUGUUACAGAGGUGAACAAGCAACUCGUGCCAGUGGUGACGUGCCAGCAGCUCCCCCCACCCCGGCAGUGCCCCUUCUGCCCCUGGGAGGACUGAGGAGCCGGCGAUGGGGUGGUCAGGGGACAGGAACUCAGCAGAUUAACUCCCAGCGAUGCACGGCGCCCGAGGGGUGCUCUGCUCCAGGCUCCGAGGGAUCAGGGCACAGCUCCGGGGAUGGGGACACCAAAACUCCGGGGAAUGGGGACACCACGGUCCUUCCCACUGCCUUUGAAGGGAAUCAGCCACAGCACACGUCCAGCUCCCUGCAGGAAGCACCACGCUGCUCUCACACCUCCUCGCCCUUCUCCGUCAGUGCCAAUCCCAGGGCGCUGUGGGACCACGGAGCCACCUCCUGCCACUGGCACAUCCACUGCUCCCACCCUCGGGCUGCUGCAGUGCCUCAGGAAGGACCCCACCUGCACCCCCCCAGCGGGUUACAGCCGAAACCCCCCGAAAUCCCCGUUCACUGAAGGGCACAGCCCACCCUGCACCCCCCCUGCACAUCCCUGGGUGAGCCGUGGCCAGCCCAGCACUCCCUGGCAUCCCUUUCCCCAGCUGCCAGGCAGCAGCUGGAUUUCAGAGCUAGGAGAAGUGUCCCAGCCACAGUCUGACCAAGGAAUCGGGGUUGUGUUCACCCCACAGCCCCCCCCCACUCGCUGCAACCGUCCCCUCCGGGACCCCCGGCUGCCUUAUCUCCUGCUGUGUCCUUACAUCCACGGGAUCCCAGCAAGAGGAGCUGGUUAAAAGAAACCCAAAAAAACCCAAAACCCCCACUUUCACUUUGUUUUCUACCCCAGCUCUUAAAAAUUUCCUCCUGCCACCAGCAAGUGGAUAACGAGGCUCCACUGCAGGUCACCAGAGGUGACUCCCGUGUCCCCUGUGGCUCAGCACGGCCAGGAGGGAGGGAACCAGCCUGGAUCCAGCUUCCCAGGGUGGAGAUCUCCAGCCAGGCCCCCUCUGUGCCAGUGCAAUGAUGUUUUUUUACUGCAGGGUGUCUGUUCACCCACUGCCCCAGCCCAGGGGGUUUUGGGGCAGGUCUUGCACAAACCCCAAAGCCACAGAUCGGGCCAAGGGCUUCAUGAGCAGCAGAACCCAACGUCCCUCACACCAUUCCAGCCUGGAAAAGCGACACACAGAAACCAGUCUGUGCCUUCUGCACCUGGCCCCGAGCACCCCCAAGUGCAUUGCCCCAGUUUUCCUGGCUGGGUGCCCACCCCAACCCUCACCCACGGCCCCGCCGGAGAAAAGCCAACCUCAGAUCCCCGUGGCUGGAAAUGGGGGCCACGCCGGGUCCAGCCUCUGCCCAGCCCUGCCCAGGGAUGCUCUGGAGCUGGGAUGGCUCCAGCUUCGAGGCCAGAAGGGAUUCAGUGCAUCCCCCAAGCCAUGGCCCCAAGCACUGGGGGCUCUGCACCCCCCUCUCCCACCCCGGAGCGACCGGGAGCGUCCCCAGAGCCAAACCCAGGGGAGCAGAGCCCUUCCCUGCCUUCCCAACGCCCUGCUCCUGCUCCCGCUGGCCUUGGAGGCACUACCCCUGUUCCCCAGCCCUGUGUCCCCAUUCCCAGCCCCAUAUCCCCCUCUCCCAGCCCCAUGUCCCCCCUCCCAUCCCCAUGUCCCCCUUCCCAGCCCCGUGUCCCCCUUCCCAACUCCAUAUCCCCCUCUCCCAGCCCCGUGUCCCCCCUCCCAUCCCCAUGUCCCCCUUCCCAGCCCCAUGUCCCCCUUCCCAGCCCCAUGUCCCCCUUCCCAGCUCCAUAUCCCCCUCUCCCAGCCCCAUAUCCCCCUGUCCCAGCCCCAUGUCCCCCUUCCCAGCUCCAUAUCCCCCUGUCCCAGCCCCAUAUCCCCUCUCCCAGCCCCGUGUCCCCUCUCCCAGCCCCAUGUCCCCUCUCCCAGCCCCAUGUCCCCUCUCCCAGCCCCGUGUCCCCCUCUCCCAGCCCCAUAUCCUCCUCUCCCAGCCCCAUAUCCCCCUUCCCAGCCCCGUGUCCCCCUUCCCAGCCCCGUGUCCCCUCUCCCAGCCCCAUAUCCCCCUGUCCCAGCCCCAUGUCCCCUCUCCCAGCCCCGUGUCCCCUCUCCCAGCCCCAUGUCCCCUCUCCCAGCCCCAUGUCCCCUUCCCAGCCCCGUGUCCCCUCUCCCAGCCCCGUGUCCCCUCUCCCAGCCCCUGCUCUAUGAUGUGAUGGCCCAGAGGCCUCGACGUGCUGCCUUUGCACAACGCUGUGUGUGCCCGUCCGCAUUCCAGGUGUGUCAUUCCGGGUGGGAGCCAACCCGGGGGGGGCUCCUGCCCAGCCUCAGCCUGUACAGAGAAUUAUUUUUCUGCAGGUUUUGUUUUGUUUUGUUUUGUUUUUUCGUUCGGGUUGUUUUUUUUUUUUUUUUUUGGAUGUUAUUUCUGGUGACUGAUGUAAACUACUGGUAAUUUUAUGGUUUUAUUUAUAAAUAAAAAUUUUGUAAAACUUC